AUGGCUCGACUGCAUAGUCCCAACUGGAUGGAACAACUACCAUGGGUCAUGCUGGGCCUAAAAACUGUUCCUAAGGAGGACAUAGGAACUUCAGUGGCUGAGUUAGUUUACGGAGAACCUCUCACAAUUCCAGGAGAACUGAUUGCUGCCACCGCCACCCCUUUCUGUGCCACUGAACAGCUGAAUGAUUUUCGUGGCCAGGCCCAAUCAUUCCUACCCACUCCAACUUCACGACACUGCCAGCCUCCAAACAAGGUGCCAAGCACUUUGACAAUAGCAAAGUAUGUCUUUGUCAGAUGCGACGCCUCUCAACGUCCCUUACAACGUCCAUACACUGGACCAUACGUCGUAGCCGCUCGGAACAGCAAGACUUUCGACAUACUCAUGGGAAAUAGGACAGAAACGAUUUCGAUUGAUCGCCUGAAACCGGCCCACGUAGAAACGUCGCAACCAGUCCUUAUUGCUCACCCACCGAAACGUGGACGGCCCAGAAUUAUCACAACAAACAAUCCUGCUCCUCCACCUCCACCUUCUUCAUCUCAGCAGCCUCAUCUUACGGCUUCCAAGAGCUCCAGGUCCGGACGUCAACUUCGUCCACCUAGGAGAUUUAUGUGA